AUGUACUCCUCGUCGCCGCAGCCGAGCUUCUCCGCGGCAGAGGCCCCGACGACGCACCUCCACGAAGAGGACCGUAGCGCUGUGCUCGGUGGCAUGGCCACGGCUGGCCGGAGCAUCGGCUCACGUGGCCGCGUGCUCACCAUCACCUCUCCCAGCACGAGGGAGCGUCGACAGUACGAGUUUGGCGAGGUGCUGGAGCCGGAGGUGACAAACGCGGCCCUGUGCGAGCGCCUCAUCCCAUCCAUCACGGAGCAGAUGGCGGCGGGCUUCAAUGUUUGCGUGCUGUGCUACGGCCAAACCGGGAGUGGCAAGACCUACACGAUGAAUGCGUUGGCUCCAGCCGUUGCGGAGGAGGUGUUUCGCUCCCUUGACGUUAACAACGAGGUGGUGGAGAUGAGCUACAUACAGAUCUACAACAACAAAGCCUACAGCCUGCUUGACGGUGCCCGCGGUGGCAAGUUUGGUGUCGAGCUGUCACGACCGCUAACGAGCUGCACCGGCAGUGGCAGCAACAGCGGUGGCAGCUACCUUGGCAGUGCCUUGGAACCCAAGGCUCUGAUCCAGAGCACCGCUGAGAUGCUCAAGAGGAUGAAGGCGGCGUCGCGACUGCGCGUGACGCGCGCACACACCCUCAACGCCCACAGCUCGCGUUCCUUCACACUUUUGUCUCUGCACAUCACGCGUUUCCUCGACGGUGCGCCGCUCACAACGACGCGAGUCACGCUCGCCGACCUCGCCGGAACGGAGAGACUAAAGAAGAGCGGCGCCGCCGGGGAGAUGGCCAACCAGGCCAUCUUCAUCAACAUGUCCUUGAUGGCACUGCGCCAGCUGAUGGAGUCCAGCGGCACCGAGGCGGAGGCGCUGCACUUCCGCAAUUCCCUGCUCACUACGUAUCUCGCCCCGUGCAUGCACAGCUGGCACCUUAUUCUUCUCGUUACCGUCUCCCUCGAGGCAGGCAGUUAUGAGGAGACAAAGUCGUCACUGGAGUUUGCGACCAAUGCGCGACGCCGGAAGGUCAAGAAGGUAAAAAGCCGGGUCGAGAACAGACUGUUGAGCACAGUCGCCCGCGUCUAUGGACGUCCGAGCUCCCUCUCUCCCGCGGGCGCAGCCGGUGGCGCGGGUAGCAGGAGCAGCUGGAACGUGCAUGAAGACAACGCCGACAACAGCGAACGCCAAGGCGUCAUCGAAGUCCUUCGGUACCGCCUCCGCGUUUUGGAGGAGACACUGAAGUUAGAGCAGCAGCGAAACGCCAUGAAGGUCGUGCAAUCACCGCUGACAGAAGUGCCUGCCGACUCCCAGCAUGCAGUGCCAGCCUCAGUGGUGGACGCGAACGCUACAGCACUUGCUCCUGCGGAGAGGCUGCAACGAGAAUCUCAGUACUAUCGUCACCUGCUGCAGGAGCGGGAACAGGAUCUCUACCGUUUGCAGAGCCACUUCCCUUCAGCAAAUACGAAGGCCAGUAGCGUGCCGUCAGUACUGUCUAACUCCCCGGACACGUCGUCGCUGUCGUCGGAAGAAGCCGACGCGGGUGCGGGAGACGAUCAGCCAGAGUUCGCCACGCCAGCAGCCUCGGCAGAGAGCAGUGACAGCUCUGAGGCACAGGUGCGAGCGAGCGAAGUAGACGUUGACGACGCGCACGCGCACCUGUUGUGGUGCGUUCGUCAGCUGCGCUCACACGGCAUCAGCGAAGAUGAGUGGGGCGGUGACGUGCUGGACCGGCUACGCAAUGCGGUGCUGCGUGCCACUGAGCAAUACGAAGACGUACGCGAACAGCUGCUCGUCCUCUCAAGGUCGCUGAGCGGGCUGCGGACACAGAAUCAUCAACUCUAUGACGAGGUGCUGCAUGUGAACAGGCGUCUUCUCGCAAUCGAUAUGGAGCGCAAGGAGGAGCGCGCGGUUCUGCAGGCGUCAACACGUCGGGCGGCCACUGCAGAGACGGUGCUGGAGCAGCUGCGCCUGCAGCUAUUUCAGACUUACGCCGAUCAGUCGAUACGGGAGGAGAUGACCCGCCUCUACCUGGACGCGAAGCCGGUCACCGCCAACGUCGAUGAGGCCGUGUUGGGCGAUCGACAGAUGGAGCAGCAGGUGGAGUUAGAGAAGGUGCAGGCGCAUCAGCAAGUGCUCUGCGACAAGAUCACCGAGCUGGUGGACAACGUCGAGCAGCUGACGCGCGCUGUCGCGCAGAAGGAUGCGUUUCUGGCGGCACUGGAGUCGCUCAUCACACCGGCGCAGCGAGCACUCUUUCACACCUUGUCAAACACUGCCACCGCCAUUGCUGAGCGUGGUACCACCAGCGUUGGUGGCAGCGACGGCGGAUUGGCCGGCACCACCACGGCGGCCAUUGUCGUAGACGACGGCAGUAGCACCGCCGACUGCUUCAGUCUCCUGCAGUCGCGCGUGUCGGAGCUCAGUUCCCUGCUCACACAGGAGCAGCAGCAACACCAGUUCACUCGGUGCGAGCUCUUGGAGGCCCGCGAAGAUGCGCGGCGAAGCCGACAAGAGCAGCGACAGGCGUUCUUCCAACAGCAGGAGGAGGCGCGACGUGUGGACCAGCUGAUGACAGAGAAUUACGAGCUGCGCCAGCAGAACGAGCGCCAUCAGUUUUAUCUGGACCAGAUGUGCGUCAGCUUCAACGAAAAGCUCCUGCAACUGCGCCAUCGACACGACGAGGAGAUGGCGGUGCUGCGAAGUGCUGCAAGAGAAGCGCGAUUGCGUCCGGACGGCAACGACGAUACGGUGAGAGGGAUGUGCGACAAGAAGGGCGAGGACCAGGACGAUGCGGUGUUGUCGAUCCCUGUGCAUGCUUCAGUGCAUCGCGAUGCGUCGCAGGAGGUGCCGUCGUGUGAAUAUUGGCUGUCCGAGGGCACUGCACUAGACUCCACUGCAGUGGCGUCCUCGAUGGCUGACUUGGUGGGCAGUGGAGACGCUGAGGGGAGGGCAUCGUCGCAGCACAUACAGCGGCCUGGUCGAGUGCAGCGUUGGUCUGCAAAGUCGAAUGAGCGCCGCCGUGGAAAGGCGCACGAGGUGACUGCGCCUACGAUAGACAACGCGGGUGCGACAGCGGCUGCGUCUGUGCCGUCGCGGGGCGUCAGGCGGUCUUCAAAGGUAGCGCGCCGUUCAGCGAGCAUCGGCAAGGCAAAGCAGCGGCUCUUCACAACGUACGGCGAGACGGCCAACCCCAGUGAUGCGUCAGCGCCUCUUGUCAAGUCAGAGGUCAUCGCCUCUGCUCCGCUGAAUAAGCGGCGUCGCGUUCGUGCAUCAGGCGCAGCAGGAGCAAAGUGA